AUGGCGCGCCCGCCUGCCCUGGCGUGGGCCUCGGCGCUCCUGGCGCUGGUGGCGCUCGCGGCCGGCGCCCCCGUGUUCAUGGUGCCUGCGCCGUGCACGAACGGCGUGCUGGACGCGGGCGAGAGCGGGGUGGACUGCGGGGGCGGCUGUCCGCGGUGCAGGCCAUAUGUCACGGCCGAUGCGGUCUUGACCGGCGUGGAGCCGCUGGAGCUCGCGAGGGACGCCGCGCGGCGGAGCGCGGUGGAGGAGGCGUUCGCGGCGGCGAUAGGGAGCACGCCCGGGUGCAGCGCGACGGCGGUGCUGCUGCGCGCGGAGCCGGGACCCUCUGCGGGACCUGGGGGCAGCUCGCUGGUGCGGGUGCGGGCCUUGUGCGCCGACAUGGAUAGCGCGCAGGCCGUGCAUAUGGCGCUGCAGGGCGCCGCCGAUGAGGAGGCGCGUUUUUCGGCGGAGCUGGCGCCCUCGGGGCUGGGCAUCAGCACUGGCUCGCUGGCAGUGGUUGGAGAGGGCGCGACGGACCCGGGACCGGGCCUGGUGGUCGUUGCGAGGCAGGGCGAGAGCUUCUUCAAGACCACGAACGAGAUAAUCGUGCUCGUUCUGUGCACCGUCGGCGGGGGCUUGUCGCUGCCGAUGAUCAGCCUGGCGCUGAUCAUGUGGAACUUCACGCACCGCCUGAGGAAAGCCUCGCGCCUCAAUGCGCGCCGCAUGGGCGUGCACAUCCGGGAGAGCCAGGUGCAGGACGAGGCCCGCCGGCAGGUCAGCCUGCUCCGCGAAAAGUCCAUGGCGCGCAAGAAGGACCUGAAGGCGAUGCGGACGCUCCACAGGAAGAAGCCGUCGCACGAGCGGAUCCGGGAAGUGCCGAGCAAGACGGACACGGGCGUGGGGAGCCGGGAGGCGUCUCGCCGCCCCGACCGGCGGGUGCAAAGCGGGCGCGUGUCGUUCGAGGACCUGGAGGUCGGGCCGCACGUGCGCGCCGCGGACUUCCCGUCGCCGGUCCCGGAGGACAGCCCGGAGGGGCGGCUGGGGAGGGGUUUCGGGGCUCCCAACAGCUCGCACCGACGCCCGCCGCUGCUGCGGCGCAGCACGGCGGGGGGAGAGGGGGCAAUGCGCGCCGGGCUGUCAGGGCAUCGGCAGCUGAGGGCCGCCGCGACGAUGGCUGUGGGAAGGGCAUCGCUGGAGCGGUCCCUAGGUGGGCGGCCGAGGAGCGCCCACGGCAUCUUCCCGGUCACGAGCGGCCAGAGCAAGCGCGACGGGAGCUUUCCGCACGAGGACCCCGCAGGCGAUGUUGGCGGCGGCCAGGGCGACAGCGGCGAGGGCGGCGAGGUCGAGGGGUCGUUGCCGAAAAGGGGCCGCCGUCAGAACAAGAUUGCGCCAGCGAUGUAUUGA